AUGGAGGGAUCCAUGUUCCCUUGUGCGGACAAGGAUUGUGAUAUGGUGUUUCCUAAGAAGGCUAAACUUGAUGAGCAUCGCCGAGUUGCGCAUCAGCUCCAAGUAACAGUCAAACACAAUGGGGAUGUGUUUAUGAUUGACAGGGACUGCGAGCGAAUGUUCAGGUGUCCAAUUGGCAUGGGCCCACCGAUGGCACAUAAGGGGGUUCAGGAUGCUGGCACUGCUACAGUUAUCCCGUGUGGCGACGAGAUUGAAGUUCCUGAUGUGCUUACAAAGUAUAGCCUGGCGUGGAACAAGCGUUGUAAGAUCCUUAUAUGUCUGGAGUGCCAUGUGGGAGUCCAUGUGUCAGAGGUCUGGGGCCACGGGACCAGAGCACAUGCACCAUUUGACUACACAAAGGAUGAGGUGAAAGGGGAUUUGAUUGGUUACUUUGACCUAGUUGAGGGGAAUGUCUUUCCGCCUGAUUACCGUGCUGAUCUUCCUUGUGAGCCCGUGCAAGGGUUAAUGUGUUACAAUGGGUAUACUUGCAAGCUCUGCAACUUGACAUGGCCCUGUAAAAAGACCAUUGAUAAUCACUUUUCAAUGAAACACGCUGGCGGUAAGUACAGUUCAUUGUAUGGUACAUGCUUGGUCAAUGCUGAAGGUUUCUUUGAUUUGCCAGAUUUGCCUACAGAGGACGUGCGAAUGCUGCAUUGUCAAAGGGACAAGUGUCAGACCCUUUAUCUACACAACCGGACAAAAUCCUUUGCUGUGCUCCCUCAUGUGCCACAAUUUCAUGUUGGUUGGCAGCCUGGUGUCCUUGAGGAACAGGUGGUGGAAGAGUCAGAUCCUGUGAAGCGUCUUAUUGAGAAGCUGGAGUUGGAUGCAGUGGAGAUGACAGAUCACGGAGGCGAUACAUCUUUGGAGAAAGAACAAGCCAAUUGGAUCUAUGUUACUGGAAUUCAUACAUAUAUUCAGCUGAUGAUUGAGUCUGGAAAGACUGUUCCAGAGCUAGUGAUUCAGGUUGAAGGCAUUAAUAGUCUUGAAGUGAUGGUACCCUAUAUUGCAGCAUGGAUUGACAAGACCAUGAAACGUCUGCAUGAGACUGGACAACUUGUGAAGCGUCUGUGUAUGGCGGAGACAAGACACUUUUCUGAUCCACAUUGCCCCAGUGAAUUGGAAGACAAUAAAGGUCUGAUGCCACUACAGGAAAAGGCUUCUGGUCUCAAGUAUGCUCGAAUACUCGCGACUUUUAUGUGGUACUUGAUAUGUCAGGCCGAAACCCCUCUGGAUCCCGAUUAUCAGUUAUACAAUGUCACCAAAGCCUCUGUGUUACGAUUACGUGAUGUGGUUGCGCCUAUGCGACCACCUCUCAAAGUCCCAGGGCAAUCUGACGAAUCGGACUAUACUAGGAUCACCAACAAUCCUGUGGGGAAACAAGUGGGCAAGGUAUUGUGCUCGGUAUUCCAAGUGAGGACUGGGGGAUGGAGUAAGCAGUAUCAGACCCCGCCAAUGCAGUUCUUGGCACUUUCGACGCUGAAGGCCGAUGGAUCCUACCACGACUCUAGUCUACUUACACAUCUGAUUGCGGCAAUACAAUAUGCAACACGUUUGGCAUUUGCUGAGCAGUACCUGGAUACUCCACGAGGAGGCUUUGACCCUGCGGCGGAUCCACUUCAGCCCAUCAAGGAUGAUGAUCGCAGUCUAUUUGAUUUCUUGAGAAAAAAUGGCCCUGGUCCUUUCAACUGUAUCAGGCAGCUGAUGCAUUUAGUUAGCACCUUUGUGUUGUCAGAGGCCCUGCCAGACACUACUUAUUGGGCGGAUUCAGCACUAGAGAAACUGGAGGUUGAGAACAAGAGGGUCACCAUUAGCGGAAUACGGAAUUGCAUUCACUUACAGCAGAAGAAGGCUGAUGCAGACUUGGCCAAGCUGCUCAAAGGUUGCAAGAUGCCAGCGUUUGAUCUGGAUUUGUACAAGGAAGAACCUCAUAGUAGGAAGCCAUUUACCAACUUUCUGGACCAUUUGGGUGACGAGCAUCGAAAGUAUGGGCAUCAUCUGUUGAAAGAGUGGGUUCGGCGGAAGGACGUGCAUGGGUUACUGAGUGACAACUGGAAGAGUAGUAUGGCCAACAAUACCUCUAUAUAUGAUCCGGCGCUUUGGAAAAGGUCUGCCAUGCUAGAAUGGUUAGAUGCGUUUGAUAGACUUCAAGAGCGAUUGUACUUUCUAUAUCAUGUAGCAUCGGGACGAUUUGUGUUUCUGAUGUGGUAUCACAAGAGUCGGAACAUUACUGGCAAGAACAAGCCAAGAUUGACGUUCCUGCCUAAACGUCACAGCAUGUUAUGGUUUUACUAUCUAGCAUUCCUUCGCCCCACUGCUAUUUUCUUUCUCAAAGCAGUCAAUAGCAAAGAUAUUGCAAGCCAGAUGGCCACUAAACUGUGGGUGCACACCCGCAAAGGGCCUUUGGAAACAUCUCACUUCACAAAUAUCCUGAAACGCAAGUUUGCAGAAGGUGGCAUAGCCCAGCUGGGUAUUUCAGGAUGGCGGCACGUCUCUGUAGCUAUUGUGGAUGCACACAUCAAAGACCAUGUGGAUGUAUUGGAGUCAGGGAAGAAUGCUAUCAUUGACUGUCAAAGAGGCCAUAACAGUGCAACUGCCAAUGCGUCGUAUGGAGGGACAGGUGGUUAUGAUGUGGAUCGAGAGUCUGAGAAGCGAUACAAGGCAGCCAGCAAGGCAAUGCACAGGUUCUGGGAAAUUGACGGCCCAGUGCAGAGUGGGAUAGCUGAUCCGCCCACCGAUAAUCCAAUCCCGGCUGGUGAACUCUUGGAGCUUGCGCUGGAGAAGUAUACAGGCAUACGGCAAGCUGGAACAAGGACUCCCUUUCAGGCAGAUUGGCUCACGAUGUUGUUUGGACGCAAUCACGACAUGCUGGUGGUAGCGCGCACGGGAGGUGGAAAGUCUUUGGGUUACAUGCUGCCACCUCUGGUGGAGCACUCUGGUAUUACCGUGGUAGUACAGCCUCUGGUGGCCCUAGUAACUGAAACCUUGGAAAUGUUGAAGGAAAAGGGUAUAAACCAUAUUGUGUUUCAGGCUGGUGCAGAAUGUGUGAUUGAGAAGUGGCAUAGGGUGGUGGUAUGUACAACGGAUGCUGCAGCUGAAGAAGAGUUCUAUGGCAAGUUACAACGCCACAAAAUCAAUCAAAUUAUCAUUGACGAGGCCCAUUGCUACAAAGACGAUGUUACAUACAGACGGUACUCUAGUGGCGUAGCAAGACUAAGGCAGCUCAAUGCCCCUUUUGUGUUUAUGACUGCAACAAUGCAAAUCGGCCAUGAGGACUACCUGUAUUGGCUGUUUUGUAUCACGAAUGUGAAGGAGUUUACAGAACCCACUGGACGACCAGAACUUCAGUUUAAGACGGUGAGAAGCAGCAACUGGGAGGCUAUGAUAGCUCAAGUGGGGGAUAUUGUGACUCACUCUGGUCUGGUGGAUUGUGAUCGUAAUAUUUUAUUUAUUGAGAACAAAAAAGAAUGCAACAAUGCCAUGGACGACUUGAAGAAAUUGUAUCCGAACCUAUCCAUCACAAAAUACUAUUCUAAAUUAGAAGAAGGUGAAGGAGCAGCAAAUGUCAAGUUAUGGAAGACGACCCCCAAGUGCUUGAUGGUUGCGACUAGUGGAUUUGGAGCUGGCAUCAACUACAAGCAUGUGAGGAAUGUGAUGAUAUUCGGAUUGCCAGAAAAUGAUACUGAGAUCAACAAGUGCUUCCAAGAGGCCGGCCGGGCUGGUCGGGACAUGAAGGCAGCCACUGUGUGGUUAUUCGAGACUGGCAAGCCUGAAAAAGGCAGUUUUGCUGAGAAGAUCAUGGACGAAAGGAGGUGCAUAGCUGAGACCUUUGCAGUGCCUUUGGAUGGUGAAGCCAGAGAUUGUACCGCGGUAGGAUGCUCCAACAUGUGUUCUCAUUGUACGGCCAAGAGUGCAAGCGCAGGUCACAAGCGUAAGGCGAUAGAAGAAGAAGAGCUACCAUUACCCGGGACGCAGGCCAUGUACCUGGCCAAUGUGAAGCGGGCCUGCGUGCAGGCCAACAUAGUUGAUCAGAUUGCCUUACAAAUCGUCAAGGUCCGGCGAGAAAUGGCAGGCCUGUGUGGGUACUGCCUUGCUAAGUCACACGAUGAGACAAGGCAUGGAGACAACGGCAACAAGUGCGACAAGAUUGGCUGUAUGCGAUGUACCGGAGGUGAUCAUCAAUGGUCAACGUGUAAAGCGAUAGAAAUGUCCAGAGUACUUGGCAAGAAUGGCAGUGCUGCUUACCGAUUAUGUCACUUUUGUGGUCUUGGGGAUGGACAUGGGCAGGACAAAUUUCAUGAUCAGAGGAUUCAAGGCCAACUGAAGCGCUGUGACAGUGGCCUUCAAAACGUGUGUGACCAGUUUUGCUGGUACCAUUUUCAUAAUGAGAGGAAUUUGUUAAGUAGUCUCAUCAAGAUUCUCAAAACCAGUGACAGAGUUGUCCAUAUGCGCGUUGCCGAUGUGGGGCAUUUCCAACAGUGGCUCGGAGCACGCGGAUGGCUGGGAUGUCCUUGGGCCAAUAUGGUGACUUUGUUCAUUGUAUUACGUUAUCCUGAUAUGCGCAAACUUGCUCAAUCAUAUGUAGGUUGA